AUGCCUCCAGAGCUCCUGUCAGAGAUUAAGGAGAUGCGCUCUGAGAUGGGGUUUCUGAAGGACUUGAGGGCUGAGGUUUCCCAGAUCAGAGAGACUAUGCAGAGAUCUACAACUACAGUACCCGUCAGCAGAGGAGCUGAGGACCACUACCAAGCACCGACCUUCACACCGCACCCCAUGUACCAGGAGCCACGCCCGCUGCAACAGGAGCCACGCCCAACAUAUCAGCUGGAGCCACCUACCAGGGCCUUCUACCCUCAACACUCUCAAGCAGCUCUGCAACAGUACCACUCACCACCAAGCCCUGCACCACCGAGAGGAACCACCCAGUUUCAGCAGCGCUUUGCCCCACAACGGUAUCAUGUGCCCCGUCCACAGCCCAGGUGUUAUGCUUGUAUUCAGACGGGGGAAGAGUACUGUCAGCACUCUAACAUCUUCAUGAAAGACCUUUCAUCUGUCGGCAUCAACGAGAUCCACGUCCAGGACGCCGCUAGCGAGCAGUGGGACCCUCCUGUUGACCUGUCUCAUCUUGAUGAAGAUGAGGACAUUGGGUGUGUGGCAAACCUGCAGAUGGACAUUUUGUUGAAAGACACAGAUCCUGUCUCUAAAACAUAUCUAUCCGUACCAAAGCCACUGUACAAGGAGAUGAAGGACUACUUACAGGACUUGAUAACACAGGGAUGGGUGGAAAAGUCUACUUCCUCUUACUCGUCUCCUGUAGUCUGUGUAAGAAAAAAAGACGGUUCACUGCGCUUGUGCAUUGAUUACAGAGAACUGAACCGUAAGACGCAUCCAGACAGACACCCGAUCCCCCGAGUCCAAGACGUGAUGGACAGCCUGGGAGGGAACACAAUCUUCUCACUACUGGACCAGGGUAAGGCGUAUCACCAGGGGUUCAUGUCCAAAGAAAGCAGACCUCUAACUGCAUUUGUGACCCCCGGGGGCCUUUAUGAAUGGAUUAGAAUCCCGUUUGGCCUUAUGAAUGCACCGGCUGCAUUUCAGAGAUGCAUGGAGCAGUGUCUGGAAGGACUGAGAGACGAGAUAUGUGUUCCUUAUCUCGAUGACAUUCUUGUGUUCAGCAGGACCUUCGAUGACCAUGUUGAGGAUGUCAGAAGAGUGUUGCGGCGCCUCAGAGACAAUGGAAUCAAACUCAAACCCCGAAAAUGUGACAUUUUCAAAUCAGAAGUGAGGAGUAUUGUGGGGUUGAUGCCCCGCCACAGCAGGAGGGGACUGCGGAGUCGGUACUUCAUGAGGAAGAUCAGCCUGCAGGUGUACUCCCAGAGACAGAACCUGAAGAAGACCGUCCACCAGAUGAUGUCUGCCAGGAAGAAGUGUUGCCUGGGGAGGAGCCUGACCCGCCACCUUCUCCAGACGAAGGCCGGCGGCCGAGACGUGACCACAGAAAACCAAGGGUAUUUGCUGUCCAACGAUUAA